CGGAGGUCAUACCUCGUUCGUCCUUCGUAUAGUCAAGACGUUCCUCCUAUCGUCACUUUUCUUAAAUCGCAAAAGAUAAUACGAAAAAUAAAACAACAACAAAAAAAAAAAAGAAAGAAAAAGAAAGAAGAAAAAAAAUCGUGUCGCGUUUAAUUCCCAUUUCUAAGAGAAUCUAUAGUAAUUUUUGAUCUUCUUAUUUUUUUUUUUUUUUUUUUUUUUAUAUAUAUAACGUCGUGGAUCUAACAAUGUUCUCGAUUAAUAUGAGAUUGUUCAAAACUACAACUCUUUUAUUAUUAUUCGCAUUUGUUGGAACCCACGUAAGGUGUUUGCCAAUUGAGGAAUCUUCAUCUACGACUUCAUCCUCAUCACUCUCUGCUAACACCGGUGAUCAUUAUGAUCAAAGACAAAAUGGUACUGACAAUUAUCGUAUUCACGUUGACGGCGUAGUUGUGGUCGUUGCACCAGUCGAAGCUCUUUUAUUGGCUGGUGAUGUCAUUGGUACCAAUCAAUCUGACAUAUCGUUGCUCGAAUCUAUGUUGUACAAUGCCAAACCAGAAGAUGAGAAACCAAAUGUCGAACAUUUGGAGAAACCAACUGUCUCACCGAAAUCUACACACAGAUCCAGUUUACGUUUAAUGAAUCUACUUGCUCCCUUUAUACGCCGUCUUUAUCACAAAGAAUGAAUCCAAUACUGAUUUUUAAACAAAAUCUUCGAAGACUUAUUUUUACUGUAAUGUAAUAUGAAAAUGUGAUAUAUAAUCCAUUACUUAUUAAGUAUAUAUAUAUACUUAAUUAAUAGAUUUCCUAUAUAAUAAAUUAGGGUGGCAUAAGCACGUUUGUAAUACUAUAUGUUUAGUACAUAUAUAUAUAUAUAUAUAAUGAUCGUUAUAUUAUAUUAUAUGCAAUCAUUUUGUAAAUCGUCAGUAUAUACUCACCUGUAUCAUUUAUCGAUCUAAAAUGUGAUUAUCUUAAUGCACACGUUUAUCGAUACAGUUUAUUUCACAAUUUCUUCUUGAAAUGAAAUAUAUUUGAUUAAAAAUUAAAAUACAUUGUC